CUUACCGUACAUGGGAACUGGCCCCUUCUGGUCGGUGAUUGGCUGGUAGGAGGUGGAAGCGGGCGCUGUUAGCUGCGUGUGCGCGGGAGCGACGCGUCCGCUGGCUCGCGAGGGGCGGCGCUGAGCAGAUGACGUUAGUAUGACUAUGGCCCAGCCUGGGGCGGUAGUAGCAGCUGCUGCAGGAGUCCUGAUUCUCCUCCUCUACUUCUCCAUUCACAAAGUUGAUGAGGGCCACCUGGCAGUGUAUUACAGGGGUGGUGCAUUAUUAACCAGCCCAAGUGGACCAGGCUAUCACAUCAUGCUCCCAUUCAUUACCACCUUCAAAUCAGUGCAGACAACAUUGCAAACUGAUGAAGUAAAAAACGUGCCUUGUGGGACGAGCGGUGGGGUUAUGAUCUACAUUGACCGAAUAGAAGUUGUGAAUAUGUUAGCACCAUAUGCAGUGUACGAUGUUGUGAAGAACUACACUGCAGACUACGAUAAGACCCUGAUCUUCAAUAAAAUUCACCAUGAGCUGAAUCAAUUCUGCAGUGCCCAUACCCUCCAGGAAGUGUACAUUGAGCUGUUUGAUCAGAUUGAUGAGAACCUGAAGCUGGCCCUGCAAAAAGAGCUGAAUGUCAUGGCACCAGGUCUCACCAUCCAGGCUGUGCGUGUUACAAAGCCCAAAAUCCCAGAAGCCAUCCGAAGAAACUUUGAACUAAUGGAGGCUGAAAAGACCAAACUGCUCCUAGUAGCACAGAAGCAAAAGGUUGUGGAGAAGGAGGCGGAGACUGAGAGGAAGAAGGCUCUCAUAGAAGCUGAGAAGGUGGCUGAGGUGGCCAAGAUUCAUUAUCGACAGAAGGUUAUGGAGAAGGAAACAGAGAAGAAAAUUUCUGAGAUUGAAGAUGCUGUUUUGCUAGCAAGAAAGAGAACAAAAGCUGAUGCAGAAUAUUACACGGCUCAGAAAAUGGCUGACUCUAACAAGCUGAAACUCACACCAGCAUAUCUGGAGCUGAAGAAGUAUCAGGCCAUCGCUGCCAACAGCAGGCUGUAUUUUGGUAACAGCAUCCCCAGCAUGUUUUUGGAUUCCUGCACCUUCAAACAUGUGGUUAUGAGCACCGUGCCAGAAGCCAGCCUCCUUUCAAAGGAGGAUCCUGCACUCUCUGGGGAAAGCCACCUCAAAAAACCAGAGAGCACAGGCUGAUACAAGAGGUGAAAAAGCUUCAGCAAGCCCUGGAGGAAGCGGCUGCGUCAUGCAGACUAGUGUCCUCCCUGCUGUGCUACAAGGGCACUGCCUGCUCUCUGCCAUGCCCCAGUGGGGUGGACAAAGCACACGCAGCCUCUUUCUACACAGAUGAGACAAUUGGGUUGAUUUCUUUAAGCAAGAACUGUGCUGAGGACUCUGCCUUUCCCUUUUCUCACUCCCUGUUUGAGCUGGUGUUUCCGAAUGAGGGACAAUCCUGUACUUAAACCUGCCUAUACUGGAAUAUUAAAGGACAGAAGCCAGGGAGCCUUCUGCAGGAGGUGCAGUUCUUUAGAAGGCCUGUGUUCUGCAUUACCUUUGUGGCAGGAGGUUUGGCCUAGGGGCCCUCAAGGGUGCUGGGUGAGUGGGGUGGAAAGCUUGGUCGUUUUGCUGCCUAUGCCCUGAGGCUGGACUGACUCAUUAACCUCCCUCAUGCUGCUCUUAGGCCCGUCGCUCAUCUAGAUGUAAACUUAAUUUCUUCUUGUAAAAUGCUACUGACUUUCAUCUGGGUUGUGCCUCACUGUGCACACCUGCUCAGCUCCCUAGAUCCCAGAGGCCCAGCUAGGAUGGGUUUGGUGGCAAGUAGAUUAUUUUUUUUUUUUUAAAUAGGAACCAGAUAGCUCUAACCCUUUCUGUAGAUAGCAACACUAACUGCUUUGAACUUGGCACUAGUCUAUAAUGGUGAUGCUGUACUACCUGGGCUGCCUGUCUCCUUAGCUGCCCUACAUGCAAUGAAGAUAAGUGUUCUGCUCUUUGGUGCUGUAUGGCUCUGUCUCCUCCCAUCCAAAGAUGUGGAUUGAGGAGCAGGCAGCAUAUGGCGCCAGGUACUGAAGGCAAGGGGACAGACUUGUGAAACCUGCCCUGACCACAUAUGCCUCUGCCAGGCCCCCCAGCCUCCUUUCAGUUAGCUUUGCGUCCUUGCCCUGGGAGGGCUGCUACCUCUCUGCAUCUGGCAGACAAAGGGAGGAGAGCAAGUGCAGAUGGAGGAUGCAGGAGACAACGCUCCCAGGUCUGGGUCAAAGUGGUCUCCCUCCUUCUCCCCCUCCCCCCCAUGCAUGAGGGACUCAGUUGACUGUCCUGCUGCCCACCUCUCUGGUGCUGGGGUGGCCCAGUGUUCGUUCUGUCUCCAAGCAGGGAAUGGGCUCAUCCUGCUGCUUCAGCUCAGUCUUGCUCCACCACUUCUGCAGCUCUGCCCCAGGGUGCCGGUAUCAGGCAGCUGAGCUCCUGCGGUGGGAGCUCUGCAGAAGCAGCUCCCAUUUGGAGUCAUUUAAUUUGGGGAUAUUCUGUUUUUGAAGUAUUGUCGCUUCCCCAGAGAGCAGGCGCUCAGUGUGAACAGCUCCCGUUGUCCAACCCAGUGUCUGUUAGCAUUUUUGACCAUCCAUAAUGUCAUCAACUGAGCGGCGCUGCUGCUUGGGAUGCUUCCCUGCUAGUGGCACAGGAAGGAAGCCCCCUGCUGGGGAUACUGUGCUACAUCUGCUGUCUGUUCCCUGACCUACUAUCCUAUGGUGGGGGGAAUUCCUACAGGAGCUGGGCUUGGUGUAGGCUCCUCCCCUCCUCUCCAGUGGUAGGGUCACUGUUCAGGUGGUAUUUCACAUACUGUCGAGUAGAUGCUUCCUUUUAAGUCCUGGGGUGGGGUUUAGAUCACUGAGAUUGGUUCCAGAAUGUCUUGCCUCCCAUCUGGCCCUGACCCCCGCUCUGCUAAGGUGGGAAAAGAGCCAUCCAUUCUCAUCCGCCAGAAUUGGAGUCUACAUGCUCAUUCCACCCUGCUGGCUCUACGGGCUGCACUAGCCGACUUGGCCCUGUGGGUGCUUCCCAGAGACGCUGGGCACCUGCACUUUGCCCUGCAGUUGAUGUUGCAGGGAGUGUGGAGCUGGGGCUGGACUGGAGAACGUGCUCUUUAUUUUUUCCUGAAUGCUAAUAAUUUACCUUGUUCUCUGAAGUAUUCAGUUCAAUGUUGAAAAACCCGAACCUGCCUUAGCACCUGCUGAUGACCUCCUGAGUGGGCACAGGGCUCUCACCAGGACUGGCCCACACACUGAUUUUGUGCCGAAUUUACUUGGGUGGGGGGGGGUGUUCCCUUGUUGAAAUAGUUAACUGAGUGUGAGCCCUCAAGUGUGUGCUGUUACACUGGUGUGAAGGUUCCUCUUCCUCUGCAGAACUAGCAAUACUACCCCAACCUCUUUUGUCCGGGUAUAGUUGUGGCCAUGCUCAGGGAGUUGGCCUGCUCUGUCUUACUGUCAGUGUGGUACAAUUUGUGUGUGGACCGGGCCUGAGGGUUGGUGCUUUGCUUCUGACAUUUCUAUUCCUAGUGUCUGUAGAUCUCAUGUGGCACAAGGCUGUUCUCUCCUCAGCAUUGCUCCUGUGCUGCCCUCCCUUGGGGAGUCCUUGUGCUGCCUCGCUCCCCUGGCAGACAGUGCCCCCUUUCUGCUUCACAGCAUGAGCCCUGUGGCUCUCACUGGAGCUAUUGUUCUCAACCCACUGCCCCUUUUGCAGCAUUUCUGCUGUUACUUUGUUCAGCCAGAGGGUAGCAUGUCUCUUGGAGGAGGUGUCCCAGCAUGAAUACAUUGUGCUUUACAGACCAGUUACUCUGCAUCCACUUUGCUGUAGGCUUGUCAGCUGUUUUGGGAUGCACACCCUAGUUCCCAUUUAGUUGCUGCAGCCAGAGUAUUCUCUUGUCCAGAUACUUCCAAGCUAGUGCCCAUAGGAAAGGAAGGCCCUGAGCCUCCCUGUGCAUUGGGCUGUCGGCAUUUGUUUGCCAGUCUCCUAGAGCCCAGCUAAGGUGGGAACCAAGGAACAAUUAGCCACCUGAGGAUUAAAAUGCCAUGCAGCUCCUGGAGCCAGGCAGUAGCAGAGAUGGCACUCCUUGAUUGGGAGUUUGUGCAUUCCUGCAGCUUCUGGGGUGAGGACAGACUAAUGUUACCAUAGUGCCAUUGCUCCCUUGCCCCACUGUGAUAAGGUGGGAGAAGAGCAGGCUCAUCCACCAGAACUGGAGUCUACAUGCUCAUGGCUCCAUGGCACAGUCCUGCUGACAGCUUCCUGGCAGUUCCACCAUCUCGUGGAGAGAAGCCAGGCCUUGCCAAGCAGCCUGUGGCCCCAUGGACUUGUCAGAGUUUGAAGUAGCAGCCUCUGAAUCUGCAUCCUCGCCAGGGAGAACUCACCUGCUCUGUUGUUGAAGGUCUGCUAGGUGAGAUAGGCCUGAGCCCCCUGCUGUAAUGACUAGCAGCCACGGCACACUGGGUGUGUCUGGCUCUGGCCUCUGCCAAGACUGCUGGCUAGCAGGAAGUUAGACUGGUUGACAUCUGUGCCUCUGUCCCCAGGGAAAUUGGUCUCUGUGCCCUCCCAUUUCCCCAAGCUGCUAAGCACCAAGCUAUUAGCUGAUGGGUGUCAGUCCUCUAGCCAUAUGCCAAGUACCUGCUUUCAAGGUCUCUGUGCCCUAGUCCAGGUUCUGAGCUGUCCAGUUGCCUGGCUGUGGGCUACACCAGUCUGCAUUCCUGGGAGCACCUGCACUGCGGUAGGAAAGCAUGGUCACAAGUACAAACUAUGACUGAACGAGCAUCUGCUCCAGCUGUUUGAAAGUCUGCUACAAGCAGGGUUCUGUGCCCACCAGAGUUCUCACUGCUUGAGGAUGAGUGGGAGCUUGGUGUCUAAGGGAUGCCUGAUGGGGCAGGGGAUGGUGACAUGUCCUGCACUCUCUCAGGUGGCUGGGUGUACAAGACCUAUGUAUUGCUGUAAGAGCGGACCACUCCUCCAGCUCCAGGAGGCAGGCAACAGUGCAGUGCACAAAACUGCAAUGGCUGGCUCUACAGCCAGUGGGUGAUGCUAGAUUCAGGGUGUGUACAGAGAACAGCUCCUUCUCUGCAAGAGGGGAGGUGCUCCCUGGACACCAAACUUCUGUUCACUUGGGGCCCUCAGUCUGCUGCCAAGGAGGGAGCUGCAGGCUGGACU